UUUCUUGACCUGCAAAAGGCUUUCGAUUGUAUCCCACGUCAGAUGAUCUGGUGGGCACUGAAGGUGAAGAACGUGCCACAAGUCUACAUUGACAUUAUCCGAGACAUGUACCGCGAUUCGGUUUCUCUGGUAAGGACCUCCGUUGGCGACACAAAACCCUUCCCGAUUACAGUUGGUGUUCAUCAAGGUUCUGCUCUGAGCCCCUUUCUGUUCAGUGUGGUGCUUGACGCCGUCACGGCGGAGAUACAAGACCCACCGCCGUGGUUGCUCAUGUAUGCAGACGACAUCGCACUGACAGACGAGGACAAGCAGGUAUUAGAGCGAAAGGUGAACCAGUGGAAGGGGUCGCUAGAAAAUGGAGGUCUGAAGCUAAAUGUCGCGAAGACCGAAUACAUGGCCUGCGGAAGUACGGAUUCCACUCCCAUCAAUAUAGGGAACGAACCUGCCGUGAAAACGGACAAGUUUAAGUACCUGGGAUCAGUACUGCAUGAGUGGAUCAUUGAUCACGACAUCCGGGCCCGAAUCAGCGCGGCUUGGUCUAAAUGGCGGGAGGUCACAGGAGUCAUCUGCGAUCGCAGAAUACCGCUUAGACUCAAAGGGCUAGUGUAUAAGUGUAUUAUCCGUCCAGUCCUACUUUAUGGCGCCGAGACGUGGCCGGUUCUUGGAAGGCACAUUCAGGAGCUUCACGUUACAGAGAUGAAGAUGCUGCGGUGGAUGUGCGGCGUUACACGCGCUGACCGCAUCCGUAACGAGUACAUCCGUGGCAGCCUCGCAGUCCGUGACGUAGCAGAGAAGCUCCAAGAAUGUCGCCUCCGGUGGUUCGGCCACGUUUGUCGCAGGCCAGCUGACUACGUAGGAAACAUAUGCCUUAAACUAGCCCUUGACGGCCCCCGACCCAAGGGCAGACCAAAAAAGCGAUGGCUCGAUGUCGUGAAAGCAGAUAUGAGCGUGAACGGGCUCACACGAGACGACGCCCAGGAUCGCGCAAAGUGGAGGAAAGCAAGUAGGAAAGCGGACCCUGGCAAAGGCCGGGAUAACGCUAGGUAGAAGAAGAAGAAGAUUAUGC